AUGCGCCCACAGAAACGAGUCAAGGGCGGUACCGAAUCGACGAAAAACCAUGUCUUCAAAGGCUUCACCCAGCGCAUUGCGCAGCUCAAGAUCGAACCCGUCCGCCGCGGUCGCAGCACCAUUCUCGACGAUUCCGAGCUCGAAUCGACCUUUUCGUACUUUCGCGACUCAUUCAUGGAAUGGAGAGAACUCAACAUGUCCGAAGCCUUCACUACCUUUGCCCGCAAAGUUGCGCCACUCUGUGAUAGCCUCCCCCAGGUGCUCCACCACAGCGAUCGCAUAUUCGAAUUGUUGGUGGAAUACAUAGAGAAGGGCGAGAAAUUCAGUCAGGAACCUCUGCUAAGCCUUAUGGCGCAUCUUGCACACGACCUGGGCGAGAGGUUCGAGAAGCAUUUUGAGAAAGCAGUCAAGACGGUGUCACAUCUGGCAGCGACACAUGCCGAUGUUGAGGUCAUUGAGUGGGCUUUUGGCUGCUUGGCAUGGUUGUUCAAGUACCUUUCGAGGCUGUUAGUACCCAACCUACGGCCCGUUUUCGAUCUCAUGUCGCCUUUACUGGGUAAAGAGCGCCAGAAAGCUUUUGUAUCUCGAUUUGCGGCCGAGUCGCUCAGCUUCCUGGUCCGUAAAGCAGGUGCUGGCUACCACAGAGACAAGACGCCACUCAGGUCAAUAAUCAAGCAUAUAUCAGAUCAGCUGAAGGACCAGCAAGAGUCUGCGAAAGACUACGCCUUCCAACAGGGUCUGAUGUAUCUCUUGACUGAUUCGCUAAAGGGCGUGGGGCGUGGGUUUCACUCGAGCGCUACAGCAAUCCUACAAGAGCUCUUGUUAGAGACAACAAACGAGGAGCAUCUACAGUUCCGGAUCCCGCCUCUCGAGCCAGUCCUUGUUGGAGUUCUCACGGCCGCUAUACACCACACGGAUGCAGAGAAUUUCGAACCCCUUUUGGAGGUAUUUCUUGCCGAGAUAGAGAAGGUGUCAUCCGAUAUGCGCUAUGCAGGCUUAUCAUCUCGCCUGCUAUUAGUUGUUUGCGGUGUGCGUCAGGGUGACCGUAUAGACGACUGGAGGCCCGUCCUGAAUACCAUCAGUCAUUUAGUUGGCUCCACGAAGACUACAACCAAUCUCGAUCCUGUUGAUGCGUGGGAGUUGCUCUCCGUCACAUCCGUUGUCUUCCAGUAUUGCACACUGGAUGCAGCAAUUCCUCAUGAAAAGUUGCUCAAAGACCUCACUCGGAGUCAAUGGGAGCCUUACUUUCUACCAUUUUGCAAUCUGUUUGCUGGGCUAGGGGUAGAUAGGUUUAGGACACUGCUACUCAUGCACUUCAAGAGCUUCGUCGCUCAAAAAGCCCACGAGUACGGCUCUCAAUUCUGCGCUAUUCUUCCUCAGCUCUACCAAAGCGGUGCACUUGCCAGUGGUACUUUACAGCCUUCCGACCGCUGGCAAACAACCUUGACUGAGCCCUUCGACAAGCUCGUUGAACCAGGACACGGUGACUUGGAUCACGAGACUUUCUAUUGCAACGCUCUACUGGACACCAUAGAGACGCUACGCAUAGCUGACGAUAAGACGCAUGGGAUCUGGGAUGACUUGGCAAAGCUUCUAAAGAAUGCCGUCGAGAUCGACAAAGGAAACCCUCUGUACACUGUGGAUAGGUUCGCCACCGGAAGUGGUUUUCAGUUCCUCGUCAAGAAAUGCGACAAUAGCGACUUGUUGAUCAGUCUCUGGCCUACUCUAUGCGAAACUUCCGCUAUCUAUGGCCACUCCAUUUCCUAUUGGCACGCGCUACUGGAUUUGUUGAAACGGGAAAAGGCGAAGCUCGAUAUCACAGGAGCACACAUGGAGCCUCUCAAGCGAACUCUCAUGCGCUGCUUGGCGUCCCCAUCGCAUGAUCUCAGACUCACAGCUAUAUACGCGCUGCAGCUCGUUGCGGGGCAAGAGGAGGAGCUGCAGGACAUAUUGUCUGUUGCAAUGUUGAUCGAGCAAACACCACCAAACCUCGAAACACAACGAUCCAUCGCCAUGCGUGUUGGACAACUCGCGAAGCUGUAUCCGAAUGUAUGCUCCAACGAGUGGAUAGGUGAGGCCACCCCCACUUUCUGCAUGGGACUUCUGCAUGUACGCCUAGCUUCAGUAUGGGACGACAGUUGCGCGGCAUUGAAAGCCAUGUGUGACACAAAAGAGGGAGAAGGUUUUGUCACGCAAAUCGUGUUCGAGUGCUUGACUGCUGUCAACACCGAUGAGAGCGCAGACACCGGAGCGCAAGCCGCUUCCUCACAACGACCUUACGCUACCGAAUUCGAAUGUACCAACCUCAUGCAGCUACAAGAGCAUGUAGCCAACAUCCAAGCACAGUCCGAAAACAUAGAGGAGCAGCUGGAGGUCAUAUUCAAGGAGAGACAUGCCGAUGUGCCUUUCCACAACCCUUUCAGUAGGACCCAAGCCCUAAAGGUAUUGGGAUUUCUACCACAUAUCGCGGAAAAACGCUCGCGACUCCUGGUUCCAGUACUACUCAUGUGGGCUUUGGACCGCCCUACAACGGAUAAUGUCGGUUCAGAAGAGGAAGAGUCUGUCACAUCACAAGGUCGAUGGUCAAGGAAAGAUCAAAAGGCAAUGCUUUCGAUCUUUGCAAAGUUCAACAAUCCCAAGGUUCUCUAUCGAACGGAUGAGGUCCGCGAGGCCUUGCUUGUGUUGUUGAGCAAUGGAGACGUCGAGAUUCAAAAGGCAGCACUAAAGGCUUUGCUCACUUGGAAAGAUCCUACAAUCGCUACAUACCAGGAACAGCUACUAAACUUGCUCGAUGACGAGCGGUUCCGAGACGAGCUUCCCAUCUUUCUCAGCGAAGGAAAGCUUCACGAUUCUGACGUUGGGCAAGUACUGCCCCUCAUUCUGCGGCUAUUGUAUGGCAAGAUUAUAGCUGGGAAACGGGGUCUUGAGUCGAAGAGGAAGGCCGUCUUCGUCGGACUGAAAAACAGAUUUGGCGACGAUGCCAUACACCAGUUCUUGCAAAUCGCCUUCGGACGUUUGAGCCGUAUUUCGGUCUUGAAGGACUCUGCACUGGAUCAGGAAUUGCUGGAGAAAGAUCUAGUCGACGCACGCAAGCAGGUCGGAAUGCUGAACCUGUUGGAUGACUUACUCACCACCUUCGCAACUACCUUCGCUCCAUUCACCACAACCGUCGUGGACCCCAUCUUGUACUGCGCGAUCAAGGCCUCACGUGACCUCUCAACCUCAAGCGACCGCGAAGGCGACGAAACCCGAACGAUGCAAACGUCGCUGCUCAAGACUAUACGGCAGCGAGCUAUCCAAAUUCUGGGUAGGUUGUUUGAGAAUUGCCCGGAAUUUCAUUGGAAGCCAUACGUUGGGAUCCUCGUCCAAGAACUGGUUGAACCCAGGCUUGAACAGUUACCUAUUGAAACAGCCCAGUCCGCCUCCGCUCUUCUACGGCUCCUUGCAUCAUGGUCGAAAUCGUCUCUCACAGCUCCCUUCUUGGUCGAGUUCAACCCAGCGAUCUUGUCCAAGGUCAUUGAGUGUUUGGAAGUGCCGUCCGCUAAAGACGAGGUAAAAUGUUUCGUUCUAGACAACAUUAUACGAAGCAUAGUAUCUCUUGUUGUGGUAGAAGAUGAGACCCCGACAACAGAGUCCAAACUUCUCAAGAACCGCAUCCAUACGGAUAUUAUUCAGCCAUACUCGACUGCUAUCAUCCAUCAAGUCGGCCAAUUACUUCGGCAGAGCCCUGGAAAGGAGCUACUCGAAUCUGGAGUUCAGACGGUUGCAGACUUGGCUCCCCAUGUGGUGGGUGCUACAGAAUCGCGCAGCAUGAUCGAGAUUGCCACUUUCUUGUUACGCCAGCCUUCGAAACGUGUGAACCCACGCACAAAGCUGGGCUUGCUCAAAAUUCUCCACGAGUUCAUCCAGCGCUGUGAUGAUGAGAGCUUGAGCCAGCUGUUCGAAACAGUCUAUGAUGCUGUUUGCCCGAUGUACUCGUUUGUUCAGGAUCGGACAGCCAGAGAUUUACUCUCUGAUGUUCUCCAAGCUCUUGCAGACACCAACAGCGAACUCAUGGUCGUUGUCAGACUCUGCCGCGAUCUUAACUCCUUCGCCAAGGGGCGUCUCGAUGAGCCGGACUUUGAAAAGCGGUCGCAAGCAUUCAACAACAUCAACGAAGAGGGCUAUCGAUCCUACACUCUCAUGCAGUGGAAACCAUUGGUUUACAAUAUGCUCUAUCUCAUCAAAGACAACGAUGAGCUUAGCAUCAGAGUGAACGCAUCCUUUUCUUUGCGCCGCUUCAGCGAAGUCUCGUUGAGCGAUGAGUUCAAGACUUUUGUCUCGACAGCCGUCCUACCUGGAAUCCAGACAGGUAUGCGGGAGACAUCAGAGCUUGUGCGGGUCGAGUACCUUGCAGUUCUUGAACAUAUCGUCAAGACACACUCUGAGUGGGCCCCCAUAGCGGAUUUGCAUGUUCUUCUAUCAGAGGACGAUGAAGCGUCGUUCUUCGGCAAUAUUUUGCACAUUCAGGGCCAUCGCCGUCUGAGAGCGUUACGUCGUUUGGCUGCUCAUGCUACCCAUCUGCGAGGUACGAACGUCUAUCAGAUCUUGAUACCGCUUCUCGAACACUUCGUCUUCAACAAAGGCGAUGAUGAGGCCGCGGAUAGCCUUCUAGGAGAGACGAUCAAAACGCUCACAGCGUUGACCGAGCGCUUGGAGUGGCCACAAUUCCGUUCUUUGCUGAAACGGUACAUUGGCUAUCUGGCCACCAAAGAAGACCUCCAAAAGCCAAUCAUCAGGUUGAUUGCAGGCUCUAUGGAUGGAUUAAAUAGAGCGGGACGCGCCAAGGGUUAUAUCGCUGCCGUUCAAGCUGAGCAAGACAGUCACAGCACUUCAGAGCCUGUUGAAGCUUCAGAUGCUAUGGAUAUUGACGAGCCUCUAUCAACUUUGGCAAAGACCCUUCCACAACAGGAAAAGCUCAGCAACGAUCUCAUCAACAACUUCCUGCCGGACUUGACCAGCUUCUUACACAAGAAAGACGAAGCGACGGUCAGCCUACGAGUGCCUAUUGCGAUCGCGAUUGCCAAAGUCCUUCUCGUGCUCCCACCACUGGAGAUUGAAAACCGCCUACCUGGAGUCCUUCUUGACAUCUGCUACAUCCUGAAGAGCCGCGCUCAGGAAGCUCGCGACAUGUCAAGAAACACGUUGAGUGAGAUUGCUAUGCUCAUGGGGCCUGGCUACCUUGGGUUUAUUCUAAAGGCGUUGCGAACUGCUCUUCAACGAGGUUACCAACUCCACGUUCUCUCAUUCACGCUCCAUACUAUCCUGGUCAAGCUUUCCGAGCAGACGAAGCCAGGUGAUCUCGACUACUGUCUCGCAGAGGUUGUGGACGUCAUCAUGGACGACACUUUCGGCGCAACAGGCCAGGAGAAAGACGCAGAGGAAUACAUUUCCAAGAUGAAGGAAGUGAAGAGCAGCAAGAGUUUUGACUCCAUGGACAUCAUAGCAAGAUCGGCUACACCCGCGCACAUCAUCAAGCUUGUUCUUCCGAUCAGGUCGCUCUUGAUUGAAAAGCUCAACGCAAGGAUGGUUCAGAAGAUCGAUGAACUCCUGCGACGUAUCGGGUUGGGCGUCCUCCAGAACCCUACAGUCAACAACAGAGAUAUACUGGUCUUCUGCUACGAGCUCAUUCAGGAGGUCUACGCGGCGAAUACGUCUACCGAGAAGAAAGCGAAGAUCGAUCCCAAGAACAAGCGCUACCUGAUCAACAACAAGGGUGCGGCCAAGUCCGGAGCCAGACUGAGCACCUCCUCCUAUCUCUACAAGAUGAUCCGCUUUGGUAUGGAUAUCCUUCGAACCGUGAUGCGCAAGCAUGAAGAGCUCCAGACCCCACAGAACUUGGCUGGCUUCCUGCCGAUUAUCGGUGAUGCCAUGGUGCAAGGACAGGAAGAGGUUCAGGUCUCGGCUGUUCGUCUCCUCACAACCAUCAUUAAGGUUCCAAUGACCGAGUUGGACACCAACUGCCCCGUCUAUAUUGAUGAGGCGAUGCGCGCUAUCAAGGGCGCCAUGUCGUCCAACACCGAGCUCGCACAAGCAUCGCUGAAGUUGGUCUCGGCGGUUUUACGCGAGCGACCAAAUGUCCAAGUCAAGGAACGCGACAUUGGCAAUCUUCUCAAACGUAUGAUGCCUGACUUGGACGAACCGGACCGUUCCGGAGUCACGUUUGGGUUCCUCAAAGCUGUCAUGAACCGGAACUUUGAGGUGCCUGAGAUAUACGAGGCCAUGGACAAGGUUGCCGAGAUGAUGGUCACGAACCAGACAAGAUCUGCGCGUGACGUUGCUCGCACUCACUACUUUCAGUUCCUGACAUCUUACACACAAAGUGAGAAGCGCUUCAAGAAGCAGAUUGAAUUUCUUCUCAAGAACUUGCGAUACGAGCAUGUCGAGGGUAGACAAUCCGUCAUGGAAGCUCUGGAUCUCAUCAUCGGCAAGGCCCUACCCCGGUUCCCGGAGAAGGCACAGUACGAAUACCACGGGCUCAUGUUCCUGCCACUCAUCAAUACUGUAGCCAACGACGAUUCGGGCAAAUGCCGGGAGAUGGCCAGUCUGCUUGUCAAGAGGUUAUUCCAACAUGCCAGCGACAAGCGACUGCAAAGCUUCGCGGCUGAUCUCAAGAGUUGGCUGGAACAAGACGACAACGUAGGCCUGAAACGACUUGGCAUCCAGUGCUGGGGCUUCUACUUUGAGGCUAUGGAGGACGAUGAAGAGCCGAAAGAACUCUCAUAUGUCCUUAACCGAAUAGACGCGAUCAUUGACGAAUGCCUCAGUCGACGGGACGACGACGACUGGGAAUUGUUGUACUACUCCCUCAUCCUGUUGUCUAAAGUGUGCAAGAAGUACGCAGACACAAUGUUCUCUUCGAGCAAAGACAGCCUCUGGACUGCAGUCCAGGCUAGCACAACCUACCCGCACAUGUGGGUUAAGCUCAAAGCUGCAGAGUUGUUGGGCACGUACUUUUCUCAUCUCGGCAUAUCGAACAAGGACACCGGUCUCGAAGCUCUUCCAUUGGAAGGUUCUGGUGGCUUGCAGCUCGCGGAACAGAACAUGACGCAGCUAUGCAAUGCUUUCUUGCGGAACCUGCUCAACCCAGAGGUCUCGGAACAACUUUGUACGCAGAGUGUCAAGAACAUUGCCUUCCUCGCUCGCUGUCUAGCCGUCAACGGGGCAAAGUGGCACUGGCAAAAGACGGGUGACGACGACGAUGACGAAGAGGUGGAAGGUACCGUGGCAGCAACAGCCGACGCAGGCGAAGCCUCAGAUGCCGAACAAGAAGAAGACUUCGCCGGCUUCUCACCUCCCCCCCAACGCACCAAACCCCAAGCCCCCACCUCCGCCACCCCGCCAACAGCCAUCCACCGCCUAACCAUUCGCCUCUCCGGCAUCCUCCGCAAAGACAAAUCCACCAUGCCCGCCAAAACAUCCAUCCUAUCCCUCUUCGACACGCUCUCCGCAAAAUCCCCCCUCGACCCCUUCGCCUCCUCGCUUCCCCAUCUCCUCACCACGCUCUCCACGCUCGCUACCACAAACGCCACAGCACCCCGCUCAGACGCGCACAGGGCCCUUGGCGACAAAGCCACAGAAGUCAUGAAUACGCUGCAGAAACGACUGGGUACGCAGGAGUAUCUGAAGAUUAUGGCGGAGGUAACGAAGGGCUUGAGGGAGAGAAGGGAGGAGAGGCGGAGGAAGAGGAAGGUUGAGGCUGUUGUUGAUCCGGUUAAAUGGGGCAUGGAGAAGAGAAGACGGCAUGAUGUUAAGAGGGUUAAUCGGAAGGAGAAGGGGAGAGAAGAGAGGGGGAAGAGGAGGGGGUGGUAGAUGCAUGUGGUAUGCAUUUUGUGGCGUUCAAGGCGUUUGUGUGAGAGAAAAGUUCAAUUAGUAUGGUUGUUCAGCUGGGAGACGAAGUAUUCUCUAGACUUCGUAGUAUGUCGUAGUGUAAAUUGAUGAACUUAUGAUAUAAUUAUCCGCGACACACGAUAUUUAUCC